AUGGCUACCCAGCACCUUCAUCUCCUGCUUUUCACCUGCCUGCUGGCCCUGGCAGCAUCUCUUCCUGCCUUUGACAUAAAAAACUUGUAUCUCUUCAAUGGCACGCUGGAUGAAAUUAUGAAUGCUCCCCCGGAGUCCUCCCAGCUGGAUAACGGCGACACCCACGUUCGGCAGGUCAGAGACAUUGCCCCCCGUCCACCAGCAGGCCAUGGUUGGCCCAAGGACUGCAGCGAGCUUCCCCCUGGCAGCCGCAGCGGUGUCUACAUCAUCCAGCCAAAAGGGCUCCACCAUCUUGUGGUGUACUGUGAAAUGAAUACAACAAGCGGGGGCUGGACAGUCAUCCAGAGGAACCAGAAGGACACACCGGUCACCUGGACCGAGUCCUGGAGCACCUACAAGUAUGGCUUUGGGAAUGUGCGCACUGAGUACUGGCUGGGCACCGAGUACAUCCAUCAGAUCGCCAAGCAGAAGGUCUACCAGGUCAGGUUUCUCAUCCAGGACUCCACAGACAACACCAAUUUUGCAGACUACAACCUCUUCAGUGUGGAAGAUGAGUCCCACGGCUACCGGCUGAGGCUGGGCUCCUACAGCGGGACGGCGGGAGAUGCCAUGACCUCCGACAAUCCCAACACAAUGCAUGACAACAUGAAGUUCUCCACAAAGGAUCGGGAUCAGGACACUUACAGUAAGAACUGUGCCUACAGCUAUGAGGGCGGGUGGUGGUACUCGGCGUGUUACUCCGUACGGCUGAAUUUCAAGGGCGGCAUGACAUGGGGCAGCCUGUGCAAAGGGAAUUGCAAAUCCUCCCUUAUCCUCAUCAAACCAGCUCCGUACUGUUAG